AUGUCAUCGAAGAACAAAAGGUACAGAGAUGACGGAAUCGAUGAUGAAUAUUUCCAUAGCGUUGAGAAGGUGAAAGUAAAGUCAUACAAAGGAGGAAAGGGAGGAGAAUCAUCGGAUAGGGAUCAAAGAGAAAUGGAUGAAAGGGAUGAGAAUCGGGAAUAUUAUGAAAAGAGCAGAAAUGUGUAUCAAGAUAAUUUUAGCAGAAAAUAUUAUGAUAAGUACAGAGAUAGAGGAGGGGGUGGAUACAGUGAUAUGUAUGAAUCGAAGCAUGGAGAAAAAUCUGAACGAAGCUACGACGAUCAUCAGUACGGAAAAUAUGAUGAAGAUCGCUAUGACUUCAAGAGGGGAAAGAAAAAGUAUGAAGAAAGAAGAUACAACAACCGAAUGAGUAGUUCAGAAAGAGGACAUGUAAACAAAAAUGACGGAGAACAUUAUGAAAAAUAUAACAAUAGGGGAACAGAUGAUGAAGAUAGAAAAAAUCGAAAAGGAUGGACAAAUCAUUACAAAUAUAGCAAAGAUGGUGAUAGAAAAAAUGAUUACAAAUUAUAUUCGAAACAUAAAGAAAGUGAAAGAAGAAGGUCUUAUAAUAACAGUAGUAUAGAAAAUAGCGAAAGUGAGUAUUCAUCCCGUUCAGAAGAUAGUAAAAAUAAAUACCAUUCUUACAGAACUAAGAAAUACAAAAUUGGGGAAAAAACAGAUGAGUAUGGAGAAUUCUCAAGGUUUAACUAUACUCAUGGGGGUCACAAGCAUGGCAGUUACACCCGUGGUAGUAACACCCAUGGUGGUUACGCCUAUGGUGAACAAAACCAUGACAUGCACACAAUUCGUAAAAUCACCAACAUAAAUGAUGUACUGGAAAUGAAGAAUAACAUUGAACUGUCUAGAUUUAUUUUUAUAUACAAAUUAAGCGAAACUAUAACGGAAGAAGAGAUUGAUGAGAUUAUUAGAAAUAUAGCUAUAAGUAAUGCGUUUUCUUUACCAGAUAAUAUAUAUAUAAAUAAAUUGUCUUUUUUUUCUGUAAAGGAUGAAUUAUUUGUAAGAGAAGGUUUAGAAUUUAUAAAAAAUAAUACAUACUUUAAUAAUAUUCAGUUAAAUAUAUUGACUACACAGUUAAAUAAUCAAAUUAAUGAUGAUCGUUGUUGCAUGGUAGAAUUUCCAUCGAAUGAAGCAUCUGCAAAGCUAUUUUCUAUUUAUGAGAAAAACAAUUGUUGUAUCGAAAUGGGAAACAACAUUUCGUACAUAUUCCCUAUUUUUAAGCUGAAGAAAAAAGGUAAUAAACUGGUAGAAGAUAGUAAGCAACCGUUAAAAAAAUUCUAUGAUUGGUAUUGUUCUUAUUGUAACUUCUUGAACUUUUCUCGUAGAACAGCAUGCUUCUUUUGCAAAGAAACAAAAACCAAUGAUGCUAAGAUGGUAGAAUGUGAAAACAAAGCAACACCUAAUGUUUUUAUAAAAAAUGUCGUAAUGACAAGUGGAAUUCCCCACGAAAAUGUUUCUUAUGGUGGAGUAAAUAAUCUUUUCAAUGGAGGAACUGCUAACAUGGAUACAGCAAUGUUUACCACAUUCCACACAGAUGAACUUUCCCGUAGCAAUAUUCCCUGUGGUAGUAAUGUGAUGAAUUCUAAAGGAGAAAUGCAUCUCCAUGAUACAGGAAAAAAUGAAGGGGAGAUGGUGUACCCGCUGAAUAAGUUUCCCACUUUGCAACAUUUGGAAGAAAAUUCUAAAGAAAAUUUUGAAACAUCCAUUAAGGAAAUAAGCGGAGAUGGUGAAAAGACGAAUAUGCUGAUUUUGAAAGAUAUAGAUGGAAAUAUUCCAAAUAAAGAUAUUUUAAAUUUUAUAAAUGAAGUUUUUGAAAAUAGACAUGUGAAUUAUUUGUACUUGUUUAACGACAUAAGAAAUUCAAAUAAAAGAAAAGGAUUCUGUUUUGUAGAAUUUCACAAUAACAUCUAUGCUGAACAAAUGAUGAAUGAGUUAGAAGGAAAUUACUACAUCAGUUACAAAAAUAAUUAUUUUAAAUUAGAUUAUGUGUAUGAAAAAGGAAAAGAAUAUUUUUUUCAUUCCAUAAAAUUGGCAAAAUUAAAUAUAAAUAAAUCAUUAGCAACAACCACAGACACAAAAAAUUGUAUUCCAUAUUUCAAUUUUUUUGUUAGUUACAUUGAAACUGCUCUUAACAUGAUGAAUAUUUUGAAUUACACAUAUUUCCUCCUUUGGUCAUCACAAAUUAUUAUUUUAAAAAACGAAAAACCAUCACUCACUGAAUUUUUUUUUGAUUCCAACACACAAUAUUAUUAUCAUCCUGUUUAUCAGAUUUACUUUGAUCAUAAUACCAAUUUUUAUAUGUCCCUCGCAAGGGGAUAUUACAUAUGGAAUGAUAACACAAAAUGUCUUGUCAGGAUGUACAUGGAAAAUGAACAAGUUAGUAGCGAUAACAUGGUUGCUGAAGUGGGUGAAGUGGAUAAAGUGGGUAAAGUGGAUGAAAUUGCGAAACCUGCCAAGGAUCAGUCAUAUCAUGAGCAAAAUUUGGCCCUUGCAGACCAGGACCAGAACGAGCAAUUUGAAGGGAAAAAGGAGAAUCGUUUCCUAGAGAAAAAUUCCCACCAGGUAACAGACAAUGGCUAUGAAAUAACUCUUGAAAGUAACAUAAUGAAUGAAAGAAUGGAUGUUAGUAAAAACAGUUUGGCAGGUAAUGCAGGAGGAAAUGAAAAUUCUGACAUUGGAAAUCUGAUUGGUUCUAGAGAAAAUCAUGGAAAGGACUCGGAUCCCAUUUUAUUUCAUAACCAUGGUGAAGAUACGCAAAAAAAUACCACAUUUUCCAAAAUAUCAACUCUAGUGGAGAAGGCUAAAAUGAUAGCGUUGGCAUCGAAAAAAAAUCUUGAACAAAUGAAUAUGAACGAAAACAGUUCCAGUAAUGUAGAAAAAAAAAGUAAAGAAAUAAUUAAAAAGCACUUUGCUACUGAUUCAGCAGAUGAGGAUAACGACGACCCUCCCAGCCAGGAACCAUUAUUAGAUAAGAAAGGGAACCACAAUAAUGUGUAUAAUAAAAGUAGCCAAUUAAAUAAGACAACUAGUCGAAUCGGAAACGCAACAACAGAAAAUACCAAUAGAUAUCACAAAGCAGCAUACAAGUCAAAGAAUUCUUUGAUACAAAGUCUCUCUAAGGUACAUAAUAGGCUGGGACAAUGGACCAGCACUACUACUACUACGACUAAUACUACUACUACUACAACUUGUUCAAAGGAUUACAAUAAUUAUACAAACGGUUUUAAUGAAUCCAACAAGAUGCAUAAUAAUUCAGAUGUUGGGAAAAUAGAAAGAAUAAAUGAGUACUCUAGUAAAAUUAACAACGAUUUUAACAUUUGUUUUAUAUGCUUGCGGAAGUUUACAAAUGCGGAUCUUUUGCAGAAACAUGUGGAUAUAUCUUUAUUGCAUAAAAGGAACCUACAGCUUGUGAUGGAUAUUGGGACAGCGGGUUAG